GAUCAGCUUCUGCUCUGUCUCACUGGAACAGCAGGUGUACUCCUGGGGACAGAUCUGGAGGUGCUCGCCUGGACAGGGAGACAGCUGGAUCAGUAUGCCUACCUUAAGGUCGUCCUCUCAGUCGCAUAGCUCCUCUUCCCCAAGUAUUGUGUCCUCUUCCCCACAAAGAACUGUGGGAGGUGCACAGAAGGCCUUGUCAGCUUCUCCUAGUGCUUCUGUCAGUCUGCCUUGUGAAGAGAAGGACUCGAACCUGGCUUCUGAGGGGGCUAGUCCUUCUUUGUCUGGUGAUGAAGGCAGAGACUUUGAAGACAGCCUGAAACGCAGUGUGAAGAAGAGAAGAGCAAAACGACCACACAAAACAACCCCAGUAGCAAAACAUCCAAAGAAGGGGUCCCAAAUUACACGUCAGAAUGGCCAGAAAAAACUGGAGCUACCAUCCUGUGAUCUCUUUGAUGCUGUGAAAGCUGCCAAAAGUGAUAUGCAGUCUUUGGUGGAUGAAUGGCUGGAAAACUACAAGCAAGAUGAGGAUACAGGAUUUUUGGAGCUCAUUAACUUUUUCAUUCAAUCUUGUGGAUGUAAAGGCACUGUGACCCCUGAGAUGUUUAAGAAGAUGUCCAACUCAGAGAUCAUCCGGCACCUGACAGAACAGUUUAAUGAGGAUUCAGGGGACUAUCCCCUGACAGCAUCAGGUCCAUCCUGGAAGAAGUUCCAGGGCAGCUUUUGUGAGUUUGUGAGGACAUUGGUCUGUCAGUGCCAAUACAGCCUCCUCUAUGACGGUUUUCCUAUGGAUAACCUCAUCUCUCUACUUACUGGCCUCUCGGAUUCCCAAGUCCGUGCCUUCCGUCACACUAGCACCCUGGCUGCCAUGAAACUGAUGACAUCCCUGGUAAAAGUUGCCCUCCAGUUGAGUCUGCACAAAGACAACAAUCAGCGUCAGUAUGAAGCGGAAAGAAACAAAGGACCAGAACAGAGAGCACCUGAGCGGCUGGAGAGCCUCCUGGAGAAACGGAAAGAGCUCCAGGAGCAUCAAGAGGAAAUUGAGGGAAUGAUGAAUGCCAUCUUCAGGGGUGUCUUUGUCCAUCGGUACAGGGACAUCCUUCCUGAAAUCCGUGCUAUCUGCAUUGAGGAGAUCGGGUGUUGGAUGCAAAGCUACAGUACCUCUUUCCUCACUGACAGCUAUUUAAAAUAUAUUGGCUGGACCCUGCAUGAUAAGAACCGGGAUGUCCGUCUGACCUGCCUGAAAGCUCUGCAAAGGCUGUACAGCAACCAGGGGCUGACUGCUCGCCUGGAGCUGUUCACCAGCCGCUUCAAGGAGCGGAUGGUUUCCAUGGUCAUGGACAGAGAGUACGAUGUAGCAGUGGAGGCCGUCAGGUUGCUCAUCCUGAUCCUGAAAAACAUGGAAGGCGUGCUGACCAGUGCAGACUGUGAGAGCAUCUACCCUGUUGUGUAUGCUUCUCAUCGUGCCCUGGCUGCUGCUGCAGGGGAAUUUCUGUACUGGAAGCUCUUCUACCCUGAGUUUGAGAUGAGAGCAAGGGGUGGCAGAGAACGACACCGGAGUCCACAUGCCCAGAAGACUUUCUUCCACCUUCUUCUGUACUUCUUUAUGGAGAGUGAGCUCCAUGACCAUGCUGCUUACUUAGUAGACAGCCUGUGGGACUGUGCAGGGCCUCAUCUAAAGGACUGGGAGAGUCUCACAAGCCUGCUGCUGGAGAAGGACCAGAACCUAAGUGAUGUGCAGGAGAACACGCUGAUAGAAAUCCUCGUGUCCAGUGCCCGGCAAGCUGUGGAGGGUCACCCGCCUGUGGGGCGCAUCAGUGGGAGGAAGGGCCUAUCUGCUAAAGAACGCAAGGUCCAAGCUGAUGACAAAGUGAAGCUAACUGAGCACCUCAUCCCCCUGCUGCCCCAGCUCCUGGCCAAGUUCUCAGCUGAUGCAGAGAAGGUUGCUCCCCUGCUGCAGCUCCUCAACUACUUUGACCUGAGCAUCUACUGCACUAGGCGCCUGGAGAAGCACCUGGAGUUGCUCUUGCAGCAACUCCAAGACGUGGUGGUGAAGCACACAGAGCCCCCAGUGCUUGAGGCUGGUGCACAAGCCCUUUAUCUUCUCUGUAAGCCUGAGUUCACUUUCUUCACCCGGGUGGACUUCGCUCGCAGCCAACUAGUGGACCUAUUGACCGACCGCUUCCAGCAGGAACUUGAGGAACUGCUGCAGUCAUCCUUCAUAGAUGAGGAUGAGGCGUACAGUCUGGCAGCUACUCUGAAGCGUCUCUCCGCCUUUUACAACGCUCAUGAUCUGACUCGUUGGGAGCUCUAUGACCCAUGUUACCGUCUCCUUCGGAAGGCUGUGGAUACGGGCGAGGUUCCUCACCAGGUGAUCCUGCCAGCCUUGACUCUUGUCUAUUUCUCCGUUCUCUGGACACUAACUCACAUUUCAAGGUCAGGUGGUUCCCAGAAGCAGUUGUUGAGUCUGAAGGACAGGAUGGUGGCGGUCUGUGAACUCUGCCAGAACUGUCUCUCUGAUGUAGAUCUAGUGAUCCAGGAGCAGGCUUUUAUUUUAUUGAGUGAUCUGCUUCUCAUCUUCAGCCCUCAGAUGAUAGCAGGGGGACGAGAUUUCCUUAGGCCCCUCAUCUUUUUGCCAGAAGCUACGCUCCAAUCUGAGUUAGCCAGCUUCCUCAUGGACCACGUCUUUCUGCAGUCUGGAGACCUGGGCAGUGGUCAGACCCAAGAUGAUCAUAUGCAGAUAGAGCAGCUGCACCAGCGGCGCCGCCUGCUGGCUGGGUUCUGCAAGCUGUUGCUCUAUGGGAUCCUGGAGCUGGAUGCAGCCUCGGAUGUUUUCAAACACUACAACAAGUUCUAUAAUGACUAUGGUGACAUUAUCAAGGAAACACUGACCAGAGCAAGGCAGAUUGACCGAAGCCAUUGUUCCAGAAUCCUGCUGCUGAGUCUCAAGCAGCUAUACACAGAAUUGCUUCAGGAGCGGGGACCUCAGGGUCUAAGUGAACUGCCAGCCUUCAUGGAGAUGAGGGACCUAGCCCGGAGGUUUGCCUUGAGCUUUGGACCCCAGCAACUGCAGAACCGUGACAUCAUGGUCAAGCUGCACAAGGAAGGCAUCAAGUUCUCCUUGUCUGAGCUUUCUCCAGCUGGCUCCUCCGAUGUGCCCCCAAAUCUGGUGUUCUUGGAGCUCCUUUCAGAGUUCUCUCCCCGCCUUUUCCAACAAGACAAGCAGCUGCUAUUGUCCUACCUGGAAAAGUGUCUGCAGCGUGUCCCCCAAACACCUGGCUGUCCCUGGGGUCCAGUCACUACCUACCGCCGCUCUCUCACCCCUGUGGAGAGCACAGCAGAGGCCAGUCCUCAGGGCCACUCUCACUCCAAGAGGAGGCGCAUUGAAGGUCCCAGCAAGCAUCAGGGAGCAGGUCAGGAAGAAAGCUUGCAGCUCAACAGUGUCCCACCCACACCCACCCUCACCUCCACUGCUGUGAAGAACAAGCAGCCCCUGGGGGUGCUGGGGGAAGCCAAAGAAGAAGAAGGCUUGGAAUCAGAGUUCACGCACAGCCGGCUCCUCUCAGGUACCCAGAGGCCAAGGUUCUCAGGUGCACAGUAUUUCCAGACUCCACGCAACCCUUCAGGGACUGGUCUGGACAACAAGCUGACUCGACUCAGCCUUAUGGAAGAGGAUGAAGAAGAGCUAGAAAGUCUGGAUGAAUCAAGUGAAGCAUGGCGGGAUACAAAGAAGCAUCAUGGUAGUCACUCUUCCCUCAGUGAAAACGGACUGGACCUAUUGGAUACUACAGAGCUAAACAUAGAGGAUUUCUAACAGCACCCUGUGCCCCUCCCUCCACCAUUUCCCACCCCCAAGGACGUGACCUCUUGGAAAAGGAAAAGAGGAAGAAACAGCAAAGUGAAGAGUUCCUUGCAGGCUCAGCUCCCACCAUGGAGUGGGGAGGUGGCUUUGCCGUUCUAACCUGCCUUCCUCUCCAGUGGUGUAACGAAACCAAGAGUCCCUGCCCUCCCUGAUGCACCGUGAUGCUGACCCUCUGUCUGUUUCUGCUGUGCUCGGAGUCCAGUGGAGCUUGCUUUGCCUCCACAUUGGAGAAGGGCACUGGCUCCCUGGGUUAAAUGAGCCCCUAGUUUCCCAUCUGUUUGGGACUUCUUUCCCAGUCUCCAAAUCCAAGUGGUAGCUCAGUAAACAUGUUUGAAUCAGUCA